AUGGAGGACAAAAGGAAGAAGAGAAGCCCCAAAGUGUGUGUAACCCAAACGCUACCCCCAGGACCUUUACGCAAAGUUACAGCUCCUCCUAUUAAGAGCGCUACUUUUAGUCUGGGUAUUCCCCAUCCUCCUUCCCCAAAACAAAGAAACAAAAUCAAGAGGUAAGCAUCCUCAUUCUAAUAGAUAAUGAAUACAGAAAAAGGGUUUAUCCAAAAACACAAUAUGGUGCUACUAUCACCUCUAUGGGUCACUCAACCACAACAUACAAUAGUGAAAACAUAAUAAACACAAUGGUGAGAGCACUCAACGAUAAAAUUACCCACAUUGAACAUAGUCAAUUUGUAAUACAUAGAACAGAAAAAAGGACAUAGGGUAAUAUAGUAAUACCGAGUGGAACUAUACAACUGCUGGUCUCACUCACAUGGUUUAGAGCCACUUAAAAAGAUUGAGCGUUACCAAAAAUUUCAAAUCUGGGGAGGAAAAUCCAAUAUUUUUAAAUUUGGCAUCUCAGUGGUCAGUCUUUGGGAGGCUGUAGGAGAGAAGUAAAGGAGCAAUGUGCUGAGGUGUGCACGGUAUCUAAAUGCACACAGAUCAAGUUCAAAGUCACAGUAGCACAAUGGACACAGAACGCAAUACAAAGCAGAAAGUAGAGGUCUCUAGAUAGUGAAAUAGAGGCCAUCUGUCAGAGAAAGAGGGAAGCUAAUUUGGGGAAUGAGAUUGUUUGUUUGUAGGUACACAUGGGGUGUGAAGGCAUCAGUUUGUUGCUGUAGAUUUUAACUAUAGUCUUGAGGAGGAAAGCAUAGCUAAAGGAGUUGCUCCCAGGCACCUCAUACCCUUCCUGGACAAGUUAUCUCCAAACUAUAUUUCACACCACCUUUCAAGGUAUGUUAACUCUAACAAACCUUUCAUGAUUCAGAUCAUCGUGUGUCUGUUCCUUUUGUUGGUUAUUAUUUCUGAAAAAAACAAACAAAACAAAAAAAUGCAAAAAACAAACAAUUGCUUUCCUGGUUAAUAACCAAGCACCAUAACCACUAGAGCCAGCCGCACUUACCUAGGUUCCACUGGAUGCCCACACCUGCAGCUCCUGCUUCCGGACUGAAAAUAUGGUUUUCUCUACCAAGCUAAGCAGAACUUUGCUCAUUGGCUCUUAGCCUCAGCUGAGUGCUCUUGGCCAUUGAAUGUGGUCCUGGAUUGCCUGUGCUUAGCUGUGCAGAGACAUCCAGGUUCCCAGGAGACCCUGGUACAUUAUCAAAAUAGUUAAGCAUUGGUAUGUCGCCAGAGAAUUCCUGGCACAAAACCAUUAAAUUGUAGUGGCUACAGUGCUUGGAAGGUUUCUUUAAAAUUUGUAUUACUCUUAUGUGAAUAAACAAACCAGUUAAAUUUUACAAUGUGACAUGCUGUAAAAUGGCCUUUAAUACUCUGUAGGAUAUCCGCGCUAAACACUUAAGCUUUCUUUCCUGUGCUCUUCUACAGGAGUGUAAAGGAGCGUGUGCGUCCGCCAGCGCCCUCUGAGGGAGUGAGCCCUGGACCUAGCUUGCAGCAUUCCUUCCUUACAGAUGUAUCUCACGUGUGUGAGAUGGAGGGGGGUCUCCUCAGUCUGCUCAAUGACUUUCACUCUGGAAAACUGCAAGCAUUUGGUAAAAGAGGGGUUGAAAAGAUCCUGUGUGGUGUGAGGAAGCAGUAUGUAAGAAAAUGAGAUAUUUGUAAUUUGGUGACUCUUCUCUUGAUCUCGAUUUUGUUCUCGUUUUUUGCUGUCUGAGUAACAUCUGCUUAGAUCAGUGAUGGCGAACAUUUUUGAGCCCAAGUGCCCAAACCGCAAUACAAACCAACUUUUUUCCCUCAAAGUGCCAACAUGGCAAUUAAACCUGAAUACUGAGGUUUAAGUUUAGAAAAAACACACCAUACAGUUGUCCGAACUAGGGGUGUAGUGUGUGCAUGGGGGUGCAGUGGGAGCACUGUGUGCAUGGGGCCAGUGGGUGUAUGGGGGUGCAGUGUGUGUGGGGGGAGAAGAGUGUGUGUGGGAGCAGUGUGUGUAUGAGGGUACAGUGGGGGCAAUGUGUAUGGGGUACAGUGUGUAUGGGAUACAGUGGGGGCAGUGUGUGUGUAUGGGGGUACAGUGGGGGCAAAGUGUGUGGUGGGGCAGUGUGUGUAUGGGGGUACAGUGGGGGAAGUGUGUGUGUAUGGGGGUGUUUUGUUUUUUUAAUUACAUUUUUUUUUUCUUUUUAUCCCCCCUCCCUUCUUACCUUUGCCCAGGGAGGGGGGAUAUCGAUUGUGAAGCCCUGGUGGGCCGGUGGAGUAUCCCUGGCGGUUCUAGUGGGGCGUGAACUCUAGCUUGCAGCUCCUGGGUUAGAGUUCACUUUCGCGAGAACGGAGCAUUGCCAUGGUAAGCGUGGCAACGCUCCAAGAGGAGAGCCGGCGGAGCUGCAAGCUAGAGCUCCUGGGUCUCCUCUCCCAUCCCUGCCGACAAUGUGCCUGCGGACCUUUGAGGGAGAUCUCUGAUCUCCCCUCUGGUCCGUGAAGGGACCCAGCAGCGCCGGCACUUGGAUAGCACUGGCCCUGCAGGACAGAGCCCACAGAGAGGGCUCCGGGUACCAGCUGUGCAUAGGUUCGCCAUCACUGGCUUAGAUAGUGGUUUCACCAGCAGGCUCCUUCCCUCACUCCAGUAUAUUAAGUUCUGUGUUCAAUCUUAAUGGAAAACUGUCACUUUAGUUAUGUUGCUGUUAUUGUUAAUAUAUACAUAAUGUGUUACCUCAUGUUCCUUCCCUGAGUGCUGCCAUUUUACAUGAUACUCAUUGAAUGUCACUAUGUUUUCUUUCUUGUGUAUUCACUUUGUGAUGAUGUCAACUGGCUCGUUUGAUGUAAAGCACUGAUCACAAUUUGAAUGUGAUCUUAAAGUAAGCACCUCAUCUAGCCAAAGAGCAUUGAUUACGGCAGUGGAGGGAAGGGAACAUAAGGUCAUACAUGCUUUAAAAAUCAAACAACUCAUCUAAAGAUAAACUAUUACUGGAAAAAAUAUUAACAUUUCAUUGAUGGGUUUCCUCCAUUAUGAUUUGCUUGUAUCACACCAACUGCUCAUUGCUUCAAUGUUUAAUUCUGUCUCUGAGUGUUCGCUCCACCUCACUCUUGCAGGCCAGGUGUGCUCUUUUGAGCAGUUGGAGCGAGUGCGGGAAAUGCAGGAGCAGCUAGCACGCCUCCAUUUUAGUCUUGAUGUGUGUGCAGAGGAGCUGAGAGAAGAGACACAUGCAGAACGCAACCUGGAGCAGCUCUUAAAUAACGUGAGGAAACAUUUUGUUUGCUUCUUUGUACAUAUAACAUUUAUUUAUUAAAAUGUGAUAAAUAAAACAGGACUGGCAGUAGGCUUGUGGAAGUUGUGGUAAUUAUUACUGUUUAUAUUGGUUUGCCUUAUUAUUGUCACUUUAUUUUUUCUAUUCUUGUUUGUUAUACCAACUUGGUUUAAUAAAGCAUUUAUAUGGAUAUCUCUUUGGAGUUAUUCUAGUGUGCAAUCUCUUUUUGUAAUAAUAAUAAUAAUAAUAAUAAUACCUGAUCACUAACAUAUGUGCAGGUGGUGGCCAUGUUUUUGACAUUGUGUUAUUUUUAUUUUUCAGCUUGAAGAACUGAGCAAUUCAAUGUAUCCUUCAAAUGUGCGCCACACAUAUAAAUCAUGCUGUGCUGAAUAAUAUAUGCAUAUCAGGGUUUACAUUUUCAACUAGCCAUUGGUGAGUAAAGUUUAAGGCCUGACUAGUAGGGCAGGACAUGUAAUUUUAAGCCAAUGACUAUCCAAGUGGCAAAAAUUGCUUAUUUGGAAAAAUUCUCAAGUGUAGCCAAGCUCACAGGUAGGUUAUUUUAGCUUGAAUGUUACUAUUCAUGUUUCAUUUGCUAAAUCUCUGGGUUUCUUGAAUAACCAUGAGUUUGUUAAUCAGGUGUUAGGUAUCUACACAGAGUCUGGUACAGGUACCAGGUAAUAGCAUUUUAAAUUAUAGCCUGCCAUUCUAAAAUAAGGGCAAGCAAUUCAGACACAAUAUUAGAAAUAUGCUCAAAGAGCCUAGUCAGACAGCACAGGAAAACUUAAACGGAGACUUAAACAGAGACAAGCCAAGUUCACUUGAUUACAGAAGCAUGUGCAUUGAUCAGCCACAACAUUAAAACAGGUGAAGUGAAUAACAUUGCUUAUAUCAUUACAAUGGCACCUGUCAAGGGAUGGGAUUUAAGGUAGCAAGUUAAGUAGUCAGUUCUUGAAAUUAAUAUGUUGUAAGCAGGAAAAAUGGGCAAGUGGAAAGAUCUGAGUGACUUUGACAGUAGUUGCUAGAUGACUGGAUCAGAACAUCUUGAAAACAGUAAAUCUUGUGGGGUGUUCCCAGUAUGCAGUGGUUAGUACCUACAAAAAGUUGUGCAAAUAAGGACAAACAGUGAAUCAGGGUCAUGGGCGCAAUAGGUUAAUGUGGGGAGCAAAUGCCAGCCCUUCUGGUCCACUCACACAGAAAAGCUACUGUAGCUUAAAUUGCUGGCUAUGAUAGAAAGGUGUCAGAACACACAGUGCAUCGCAGUUAGCCACAGACCGGUCAGAGUCCCAUAAUGACCUUUGUCCACUGAUGAAAACACCUUCAGUGGGGAUGUGAGCAUCAGAAAUGGAUCAUGAGAGCAAAAGAUGAAGGUUGCCUAGUCUGAAUCAUGUUUUCUUUUAGAUCAUGUGGAAAGCCAUGUGAGUGUGUGUCGUUUACCGGGGGAAAAGAUGAGAUGGCAACACUAUGGGAAGAAGGCAGGCCAGCGGAGGCAAUGUUAUCCUCUGGGCAAUGUUCUGCUGGGAACCUUGGGUCCUGGCAUUCAUGUGGAUGUUACAUUGAAACGUACCACCUAUCUAGAGAUUGUUGCAGACCACGUACACCCCUUCCUGUUCCCUGAUGGCAGUGGACACUUUCAGCAGGAUAAUGCACUCUGCCACAUUGCAAAAAGUGUUAAUGAAUGGUUUGAGGAACAUGACAAAGAGUUCAAGGUGUUGCUUUGGCCUUCAGUUUCCCAGAUCUCAUACGAUUGAGCAUCUAUGCAUGUGCUGGAAAAACACAUCUGAGCCAUGGAGGGCCCAACCUUGCAACUUACAGGACAUAAAAGACCUGCUGUUAAUGUCUUGAUGCCAGAUACCACAGGACACAUUCAGAGGUCUUGUGGAGUCCAUGCCUCAAAGCAUCAGAGUUGUUUUGGCAGCACAAGGGAAACCUACAUGGUAUUAGGCAGGCGGUUUUAAUGUUGUGGCUGAUCAGUGUAAACUCCAAGUUUUUAGGACACAUAAAACUGCCUGUCAUCACUGUCCUGUACUACCACAAGUAGGAGUAUGUAAGGCAUGCACAUCAGCUGUUCACAGUCCUGCGAUGAUUCUGUGCAGUAUUUAUGUAAGACUUUAGAUAAAUCUGAUCAGUUCUAUGAAAAUGUGCAAUUUAGGAAUACAAGGCAGAAUAAAACAAAAAUAAAUAUAAAAACAAUCAGUAAAGCAAUCUCAAUGAUCUAUGGGUGAUGCUGGUAAUGUACUUGCAGUCAUGCAGAAAACGAAAAUCAGGAAUUUAUUACAUUUGUAUGUGCACAACAGAGCAAAAAAAUAGAUUCUAGAGAGCAGCAUGUGGACAAAUUCAAAUUAUCUUCAGAGAGAAAGAUAGAGGGAAACAAACCUGAAGUAAGAAUUUAUCUCAUAUAUAUUUUCGUAUCACCCAGUGGUGUUUUAUGUAGCUUUAAUAAAUCUAUUGCUUUGUUUUGUGGAGUGAGCUCAUCCCUCUGUGUGUUGCCAAUACAACAUACAUCUUCAGUUUGUAACCGUGUGUGGUUCCCUUAUUUACCACUAUAAUGUCUUAAAGCAUAGAACUUAGUAGGGCUAACCAUACAGAUAUCUUAGCCAUAAUUUUAUAUAGUGUAAGAGAUCCUCUAUUUAACAUAUAUAAAUAAUUGAGAAUACAAUAUAAAAUAAGGAUUGUCUUGGAAGCAAGAUUGUCUUUUUGGAUAUUUAUUAUAUAAAAAUAUAAAAUCCAUUAUAGCAGAGUUUAUAAGAUUAAAUUACAUGCUUGCAAAUAUCAUUAAUAGGUUAACAUACCCUUCUGAACAUGUCAUCAUGUCAGCCUCUCUGUCAUUUUAAGAUGGAGCAGCGUCUGUCUCCAAGUCUCUCCUCUGUGUCUUAACAUUUAAAAGUACACCUAUUUAUACCUCAGAUGUCUCCAUUUUAGGUUACUGUAGUUCAAAUAUGAAAAAGUAACACUUCUUUUACUUUAUUCAAUUUAGGACCUCCCUUAAUUUGGCAAACAUACAAGGCCAUAACUAAAGGGUGUAUACGUCAUGGAAAUUUUCCUGACUUAGUUCAAGAUGGCAUCAUAAAGUCUGAAUAGGUUAUCUGUUGUUUAUACUAAGUCAUAAGUGUACAGUCGUGGGAGAUUCCCGGAUUUGGGGAAGUUCCAUUAACUUGGGGUUACCACAGUAUAUUGUGUACUGCAAGAGUCGUAGCAUAGCCUUGAAGCUUGUUUAUGCAUUAUUGUUAUUGUAAUUCGUCUGGGACAAAAUGGGGCAAACAUAUUAUGCACUGAGGUUAUUGCUUAAAGAAACAGUUAUGAAAAACAAUAUGUUCCAUUUCUAACACCUUGUCAGUUUGCAAUAGCUCUUAAAGACAAAGUACACAGUUUAAGAAAUACAACAUUUCAUUCUAAGACUUGUAAUAUUUGCAUUUGCCCAUAACACCCUCUCCAUUAAACUGUGGGCAUUGUAGCGCAUUUCUUCCUUAAAUUAGUAAACCAAAGUUUUCCAACAGUCUUUUGUUUUUUUGUGCUCCCAGCAUCUUAGAUCAUUGUUGUAACAGUAAAAUAUCCAUAGUGUGAUCUUUGCCUGUAAAGGUGGUUGAUUAAAAUGAGCAAAGCUUUUGUCUGGGAAAGAAUUGAAAAGAACACCAAGUUCCAGAGUAAGAUAUUCCUGGAUAGAUCUGGAUACGAAUUGUAAUCCAAAAUUAAAAACAGUAAUUGUAUUUGUAAUCCAAAGUCUUUAAAGGCCUGUAGAAGUUUACAUUCCUUAGAUACAUUGCUGGAGGUUGUGUUUGUAGAAUACCCGGGUAUUUGUUAUAGAGUAUAGGUUGUAGAGUCCAGCUUUCCAAAUAUUUGGCUAGAAUUGGUUGCGGAUAUUGAUCAGCAUCAUCUGUUAUCACCGUGGUGAUGGUGUUGGUGUUUGUCUUUGUCUUUGCUUUUUAUUUUGUUUUUUUCAUGAAACAUUUUUUUACACCAUUUAUGAUGUGUAUAGAUUGGAUACUCUCCGAUAUUCUUUUACGGAAUAAAUUAAUUGACAGCAUUUCCAAGACAUUGUCUUAAGUGACAUGGAUCCCAUUACAGUAAAUGUUAUGUUGAUACAGCAAUUGAAGUGGAUUCUCAAGAACGCCUCUUUUUGCUGUAUUGGAAUCUUUGUAACAUCUCAGUGAUAGACAUCUCAAUGACAUCAGGUGCUGUUGUGCUAAAAAUGUUCACAGGUCAAAUCUGUGGAAAAAUCUUUUCAUUUGUUAUAGUUUGUAUAAUAAUGAUAGAUGAAAUAGUAACAUAGUUAAUCUUUCUAGUGUUUUGUUUUAAAGAUAAACACCUUUGUAUAUGAUUUAGAUAUAUAAGGAUAAUUUGAAGCAGCAAAAUAUUUACCACCUUUGUUCACAAUGGUAUGUAAAAUUACAUUCUCUUUAAAUGUUAAAAAUACUCCUUUAUUCAAAAUCUCUCAAUAUAUUUAGAAUAGUUGAUAAUUGGAAAUAUGACGUUAAUUAUCUUUCUUUGUCCUGUUAGGGAGAAGACAACUUAUUCCCUAAGUUCUAAUUAGUAAAUAUAAUAACUACAGUUAUUAGUGGCUUAAAAUACCAGAAACACCCAAAAAUUGUCUUAGAAAACAUUUUUUUUUUUUUUACCAAGAUCUGACAGCCAUUGUGGAAAGUUACGUUUGUGAGAUUGGAUGCUUAACAAUGAGAAUCUUAAUUGUUAAGUAUAUUUUUCAGUGGCUGUUGGGUUAGCUUAAGAUGAUUUGGAUUUUUUAUUAUUUCUAAAAGUGAGUUAAGAAAGCACUCCGAUACAAUAUUGAAUGUAUUUAUAUUUUAACUCUACCUUUGUAUAGGUGGUUUAUGUACCUUUAACCAUUACAAACCAAAUUACAUUUUCUUUGUAUUUGAAAAACUGAUAAAAUAUUUGAUUACGUGUAUUUUAAUAUAUAUAUAUACAUAGAGUGGUAUGGAUGUUGAAUUUAUAUCUUUGACAUCUUUUCACAAGUUUGCAAUAGGUGACUUAACUUAUCAAUUUCCAAAAUCAUCAUGUAUGUCACCUGGACGGGUUAAUCCAUAAUACUCUUUCUUUCCAUUGACUGGCCUUAGCUCUGGCAGACUGAAUAUUCUUAUCAUUAUAAAUAAACUUUAUGAUAGUUGAAGUAAAGUUUCUGCCUGUCUUAACUGUUUUUAACUGUUGAAGUAUUUCACUUAUAUUAAUUAUACCACUCUGCAAACUUAAACGAAUAUCGAGUAGUUUCUGUUUUAAUAAAAACAUUUUAUAUUUUCUUCUAAAGUUUAAACAUUAUUCAUUAUUGCAGUUGUUAUUGUAAUCAUAUGAUCUUUAACUAUCAUGAUUCAAUUAUUCAUCUUGGUAAUUAGCUGUUAUGCUCUUAUACGUAUGUCUAAUAUAUUUGUUUGUAGGGCAGACUGCAGCUGCAUAUGGCAUUUUAGCAAUAAUCUUCAAUUGCGUUUCAGAUAUUCACAAAGUCUAUCCACCUUUGUAAUUAACACAUUAUGUGUUUCUUAUACCAUUAAUUAUAGUAUCUGUAUUAUAUUACACAUUGUCACUGACACAUUUCUGAUACAGGGAAAAAAUGGCAUGAUUGCUUUAGUAAUUAUAAUUUUUCUGUCCAUGCACCACAUUCCUGGAAGUCCAGAAUAUAGCAAUAAUCCGUUGUCGUUUGAUUCUAUGGAGCCAUUUAACGUUUUCAUUGGUAUAGUUAUACCAAAAGAGCAAGGAGUACGACGGUAGAUCACAUCUGCAACAGAACCAUUACAGAUUCCUUGUUGUAUCAAUAUCUCUGUCUUUAUGUUUACAGGAGGUCCUUGCUUUGCAGGUAUGUACAUAAUAUGUAGAGUUUAAGAAAAGCUGCAAAUCGUGCUUUGUUACAAGUGUCCCAUGAUGUCAGGUUUCUGAAAGAUUUUGUUGGUCUUUUUAUAUUCCAUUCUCUUGGCAGGGCAUCUGCUCUUAGUAAGCCGGUAUUGUUAUUAUUUAUUAAUUGCAUCAAGGUUUCUUUAGUUAAUUGAUGUGUUUCUACCAAAUUCAAAUUCAUAUGCCACCAAAUGUCAUUUUAAAGUUCAUUGUUACAGAAUAUUGUUCCAGGAUGGUUUUUCACUCCAGUAGGAAAUCUAUAUUCCUCUUCUUCUGCUCCUUCCUAUAACCACUUUUUCUGAGUUGUAGGCAACAAUUUGUGUUGUACUGUGAGGUGCUUUGAUAGUCAAUCUGGUUUUCUCAGUACCAUGUUCCAUCUUGAAAAACAGCUGGGUGUUGACAGUUAUCAGCCUUUAUUUCUUUUUCCGGUCAUCUUCUGUCUGGAUACAUAAUUGCAAUGUCCAGAAUUAGCAUAGCACUUCUUUUCAGCAUAAGAAGGCUGUUUGCGGUAGUCACUCAAUGAUAAACUAUAUGGCAAAGUCUUUUCUUGCAUCACCUUCAUAGGUGCAUCCAAAGUCUUUCACAAACAUCUGUCCCAUCUUUUUCUGUUUUCAGCAUGCUUUGUCAUCAUUGUUGAGUCCAUUAUUAGGAUUUGUAUUAGUCCAAUCACAUCUUUCUCGUGUAUAAUCGUUUUUUUGGAAUGAUCUCAAUAGGUUCCUUGUGAAAUACCAGUGUAGGCAAUCAUUUCACUGUGCGCUAUGUCUCUCCUUUUGAGAUAGUUCUUGGAGGUAGUCCUCACGAUCAAAGAACUUGUAUAGUGUGUUAUAUAGUCCUGCUUGUUAACAUAAUCUCAAUGCAGUUUUAAAACGACAGCUAGGGUUGAUGUUAUGAUAAUGCUGCAGAUUGUAAGAAGGAGACACCAUAACCAAUUUUCUAACAUCCUUUUGCUUCCAUCUUUGCAUUUCUUUCUUACUGUACAAGAUAAUUCAGGUUCAGUCUGUUUUCUCCAGAGUCUUUCUUAUAAUGAUGUUGAUGAUUCAUUUUUCGUACAUUCCAUAUUAACUGUGAAUGUAUAACGUCUGUCUGUUCAUCCUUCUCCUUCACAUUUGCAGGUUCAGAUGUCAGAUCAUGAUUCAGUCUGUUACGUGGCUAUGAUUCUGGUGGCUUUUCUGUCAUCCUCUGUUUGUUUUAUCUUGUCAUCUUUAACAGCAUCCAUUGUAUCAGUCAGUGGUUCUGUGAACGUCCUGGAAGUAUUUAGCAGGUUGUAAAAUAUCAAAACUUACUGUUCUCUGUUGGCUCUGAUUGUUCUCUGUAGUAAAAGUUACCUGAGUCACCCUCUCCAGGACAAACUGGCCAACAGUAGAAAAAAGUCGGUGGUGCAAGGCGUGGUGGGCUGGAAAAAAAAAAUCCUAAAUUUCUCUAAUAGAACCAAUGGUUCUAAGCUCUCCCUGGUGCAGAAAUAUAAUUGUCAGUGAAAAAACAUGUAACAUUUCAUAUGGUGUCUCACCAUUUGUAUCAUCAGGUAUGUUGUGAAUGCUUAUCUGUACCAUAGGAAUAAAUAGAUACCACUGUGUGGGGCAAGCAGCUAGUAACUUGGUUAAUAAUCAUUUAACCUCAGCAUUCUCCCAGACCACAACCCCACUUCUUUGGGGGUGGUUGGGGCACUGAAAUCCCAAAGUAACCCAAAUGUGGUUGCCCAGUUUUAGGUUUCCUUUGCAGUAACUGCAGGACCACCAUCCAAAUGGAUGGUCCUGGGAUUAUCAAAUGCAUACUAAGGAAGUGAGACUAGAAAACGUGGCAUCAGAGGUUGCACUUCGCACAGGAUAUAUCCAAGUAAACCUGGUACAUGCAUCAACACAUACAAAAACAUAUUUAUAACCAUGAGAUGUUGGCAAACUUUCAAUAUAUAGUAAUUCAAAAGUAUGUUGGAUAUUAAUAUUUCAAUAAACAAUACAUCAGUAAUGUGGCAAUAAGCAAAUGCUUAUGAUUACUAAACACAUGAAUUACAGUAUUUCCCAUAUUGUGACCAACAAUAUUCCUUUUCAGGAGUCAGAAGUACAUUACCUCUCUCUAUAAGAGCUUGUCCUAGCCAUGAAAAAGCUUUUAGGGCAAGUCCAUCUUUCCUCUAUAGGAAGAACAACCAACAUAUUACCUUCAAUGGUUAUUAUGUAAUUAACCCCUCUAAACGAUAGGAGUAUUUAUGCGGAUACCAGGUGGAUAAGGUCUGGAUAUCCUUGCAAGCAUAAACUCUGCAUCAUGACAGAGAGAUAGGGUAUGCGAUGUGAUCCAGUGACCACAGAAAAGCAUUGGUAGACACAUUGCAUCAAAGUGCCUGUUAACGACAUGAGGAGAGGGACCAUGCUUUGUUAUAAGCAUGUCCAUACACGUGUUACAAUGCCAGGCUUUCAAUUUGUUAUCACAAAGCAAAAUGCAGCUGUGGAUAUAAACUCACGACGUAUCGUAAGAAAAACUGUUUGAACACCAGACUGAGACUCGAGAUCAGUGAACAGUGGACCAAAAUAGAUAAAUUAAAUCUUAUCAAUUAAUAUACUUUCUUUAUAUUACUUUAUCCUCUGUAUUAACUAUGAAAUAUUAAAGUUAAAACAAUAACAUUUAAAAGCCAACUUUUAGUGUGGAUAGGAAUUACAAGGCCGUUCAUAAUGUGAGAUAAAGAACAGCUUUUUAAAACCGAAUAGUCUGUGAACACAAGAUGACCUUGCGCUGAAAACUCACUUGCAGGGGAAAAAUAAACUUCUUUUUUUUUUUUUCUUUUUUUUUUUGUAAGUUAAUUAAUUAAACAUAGUUAGAACCUUCCUCAAAGUCCAGAUUACUUUGCAAGAAACAUGUCGUCCUUAAAUACUGGGUAAGUCUAUUAAACAGUGACAUAGCAUUGUUACCCUGUGUAUUAUGUUGUCACAGCUAUAAUGUGCAGUAUAAUAAACUAUUUAUAAGUGUUGUGCAAACUGUUCAUUAAAAGCCAGUGGUCUAGCGAGCUAUAGAACAUUUAUUCUUUAAAUCUCUGACCUCAAUCGGCAAAGCAAUAUUGUAAUGGUGUCCAUUGCAAUCUGCUGUCUUACUUGCUACUCUUAAAAAUUCUGAAUAUGUUCGGAGAUUUCUUGGGCAAUAAUAAAUCCCCCAAAACAACAACUUUGCAUUUAUGCUAAACCUGCCUGUUGUAAACGUAUUCUGUAUAUUUCUUGACAUAAGUACUUGUACUUAAAUCUGUUUAACAAAGCUGUUUAUAUUGUGGUGUAAAAUAAAUUUUUUAUUAUUAUUAUUUUUUUUAUUUAUUUUUUUUAACAUUGCUUAAUUUUUUAAAGAUACCUGCAUAUUUAAUUAAAUAUCCUUUAUAUGUCUUUAAGGCAUAAAAUAUCUGCAAAUUAAGAUUAUAUACAAAAAUGCAUGUUCUGGGUGUUCCAUGAUUCUUUUUCUAUCAUUUAUUUAUUUAAAAAAAAAUUUUAAGCCUGGAAUCUGAUUUCUUUUGGGAUGAGCACCCCUCUGAGCCCCCAAUUUCAGAGGCUUCUUUGGAGGUGACCACAAAAAAGUAUAGAUUCUAUAAAAUAGAUGUGAGGGGGCUUUGGACAGUAAUGUCACCUAAUUUAUACUUUUCAUAUAGCAGAUAUGUGAUAUGCAAUGUGAUUUAAUAUAUCAGAGUAUCAUCACUUUAAUUGACACUGCAUUUUUUUAUGCAUCCUUUAUGCAUUUUUUUUUUUGGCAUUAUUAUUUUUCUUUUUUUCUUAAAUUUUAAUGUCUGUUUAGAAUAUUGCAGGCUUUGCAAUAUCAAAUUAAUUUUGCAGUAUAUAUAUUCACAAUGCUAUUACAACAUAUUAUUAAAAUUAGCCUCUUUCAGAAUUGUAGAAUAUGUGGUGGAACUGAAUCCCCAUAUAUGAGAUUUGAAACUGUAUUUUUAGUUCUACGCUGUGCCCUGAUCAGUAUUUAUAUACAUAAUUGCAGCAGCAUACAGCUUUUAAAGAAGCAAUUAUUUCACCCUUCAUGUGUGGUUGACUGUGGACUUUUUAAAACCUACUUUUUUUUUUUUAUAAAUCCGUUUCUGGCUUUGAGAGAGCAGGCUGCUGAAUGCAUGUAAAUGCUGUUAUUGCCUAGUCUAUAUACUUUUAUUUAUAAACAACAUUGAUAUAUUGAUAUAUAAACAACUUUGAUAUUUAAUCUUAUCUUAUGAAAACCUAGUUUAUGAAAUUCACUGAGAUUACAUGUGUCUGACCGAUUACAGUCAGUAGUACAAUAUCAUUGUUCUAAUUUCCUUACUGCUAGUACGGUGGGAUAGUACCAAUGAUUUAAGUAAGCUUUCCCUUUUAAAAUUGGUGGACUUUACUGCCAUUGCAAUAGACUAAAGACUGUACCUAAGUAAGCAAAGUCAUUAUGUGCAGGAAUUGUGCACUUUAAAUAGUAGAAUACUUAUGCUAUUCUAGUGAAUUGGGCUGGCUGCUUAACACAUCAUUUAAUAUCUUUUGGUCACAUUUAAAGCUGUAAAUGUAUUUAACAUUUUAUUUAAAUAAGCCUUUAAUAAUUUCAGUUUAAAAGUUAUUAGAGAUCCUGUAUAGUUACAAUUUUAUUUUGCCCUGAUCUAUCUUACGUAUAUAUUAUUUUUAAUCAUUUUAUAAAUAUUCAUUUUUUUGCAGAGCCUGUUGCCCUUUUUUCUAUCAGGGUAGUAUAAUUUCAACUCUGUUUAGGAAAAAAUAUGAGCUAGCUAGCAUAUAUUAUAUAAAAUAUGUGCUGCAUUGUACUGCACUGAAUUUAUUUAAAAGCCAUGUCUUUCUCUUUAUGGCUGUAUGUUGUUCAUAAUUUGGAAUAUAAAAAAAAACGACUUCUCAAUUCCUUGGAAUGUUUACAUGUCUCUGUAUCUCUGCAACCUUGGCUGGAAAUUCCAGACUGAAAAAAUAGUUAUGCUGUUCUAAUUCCUGAUUUUCUAUCAACAGCAAGCAUAAUUGACAAUAUGGAAAUUAUCACUGUUUUCUAAAACCUUUCUUAUAUAGUGGACAUUAGAAUCCAGAACGCAGUAAUGCAAUAAUUAAAAAUCCUGUCUGUCUGUUGCAUGAAUGUUUUCAUUAAGCCAUAAUGCAUUUUUUCUUUGCAUUCUUGGAAUUAGACUUCAAAUUUCAUCGCUCUGUCUUAUCACUUUUCUUUUGACAAUAUUUUGCAUUAAUCUUUUUCCUGCGCAUGCAUACUAAGCAGUUACAAAGAGAACUUAUCCCCCUCUCUGCAAUCCACUGUUCUGGAACUAAUGGGCCAUGCUGUGCUGGUGUAUUAGGCAUAUCAGGGAGUUUACCAAAUAUGUAUAUUUGUUCUAUUAUGAUAUUAGUUAAGAUCCACAAUUUCAGCAUUGUAUGCUAAUUACAUUGUACCUUGCACCUGAACUCACAGUGCCUUGUUCACAUUAAAAUUAUCUCUAAUGAUGAUCUCUCUGAGUCUGGGCUACAAAUAGCUCAAUAGAUUCUUGAUAUUUCAAGACUUGUGCCAUGACAAAGUAUUGUGUCUUCUCUUACGUAUAAGAGGUUACCUAGGUAUUUAUUUUAUAUUUAAAGCUUCCAAGUACAAAGUCCCUUCGUGGUCGCCAAUUGUAACCGUGUGUGGUUCCCUUAUUUACCACUAUAAUGUCUUAAAGCAUAGAACUUAGUAGGGCUAACCAUACAGAUAUCUUAGCCAUAAUUUUAUAUAGUGUAAGAGAUCCUCUAUUUAACAUAUAUAAAUAAUUGAGAAUACAAUAUAAAAUAAGGAUUGUCUUGGAAGCAAGAUUGUCUUUUGGAUAUUUAUUAUAUAAAAAUAUAAAAUCCAUUAUAGCAGAGUUUAUAAGAUUAAAUUACAUGCUUGCAAAUAUCAUUAAUAGGUUAACAUACCCUUCUGAACAUGUCAUCAUGUCAGCCUCUCUGUCAUUUUAAGAUGGAGCAGCGUCUGUCUCCAAGUCUCUCCUCUGUGUCUUAACAUUUAAAAGUACACCUAUUUAUACCUCAGAUGUCUCCAUUUUAGGUUACUGUAGUUCAAAUAUGAAAAAGUAACACUUCUUUUACUUUAUUCAAUUUAGGACCUCCCUUAAUUUGGCAAACAUACAAGGCCAUAACUAAAGGGUGUAUACGUCAUGGAAAUUUUCCUGACUUAGUUCAAGAUGGCAUCUUAAAGUCUGAAUAGGUUAUCUGUUGUUUAUACUAAGUCGUAAGUGUACAGUCGUGGGAGAUUCCCGGAUUUGGGGAAGUUCCAUUAACUUGGGGUUACCACAGUAUAUUGUGUACUGCAAGAGUCGUAGCAUAGCCUUGAAGCUUGUUUAUGCAUUAUUGUUAUUGUAAUUGUCUGGGACAAAAUGGCGCAAACAUAUUAUGCACUGAGGUUAUUGCUUAAAGAAACAGUUAUGAAAAACAAUAUGUUCCAUUUCUAACACCUUGUCAGUUUGCAAUAGCUCUUAAAGACAAAGUACACAGUUUAAGAAAUACAACAUUUCAUUCUAAGACUUGUAAUAUUUGCAUUUGCCCAUAACAAGUUUGACACCCUUACAUCAUAUGGUAAUAUGUAUUGUAAAUAGUUUCUGUCUAUUUUGCUGUACAUAGCUUCUUAUUUGUUCUUUUGUCCUCCUACAAGUUUAAUUACAGAGUUACAGGAACAUUGUAUAUUACUAACAUUACUCAUAGCACGGAUUGAUGUACUUCCUCUUCUUAUAGUGAAUUAUUCAGCUUUGGUUUAAAGAGAUGCACUGGAUCUGUAAAUUGGAUACAACUAAAGGAGAAGUUCUAAGUCUAUUUGUACACCUACAUACCCUGUCAUGUUAGCACUUUAACUGCAUUAAGUUUAUAAUGUUUACAAGUUAAAUUGAAUCUCUAUUGACUGCCUGGCUUAACUUUGAAAUUCCAGGGCAUGGAUGAACAUUCGGUAAGGGGGUGGGGGUUACUCAAAUUGCCAAGAGCUGCAGGUGUCUCAGGCCUCAAUUUAAUAUUUUUGGAAAGCUUUUCAAAAAAUAUCAUGUAUAUAAUUAAAAAAAAUUAUUUUCUCACCCCUCCUGGGUGGUAUGUUUAUUCCCCAUUCUCGGGUCCUCUACCAGAGGCCUGGGAGUCUGAGGGUUCUGCGCAGUAUCUUAGCUGUUCCUACCUGGAAUCUGUUGAAGACACUCCCUCAACUUGGGAGUGCUCCUAUAACAACUGGGACUACUACUGCCUUCACUUUCCACAUCCUUUCUAGUUCUUCUUUCAGCCCUUGGUAUUUGUCCACCUUCUCAUUUUCCUUCUUCCUGAUGUUAUAGUCACUGGGUAUUGCCACAUCCACCACGACUGUAGUCUUUCGUUCCUUGUCUACCACCACAAUGUCAGGUUGGUUGGCCAGCACUUACUUGUCUGUCUGGAUCUUGAAGUUACACAGGAUCUGUGCAGAUGUUUCGGUACACAAUCCCAGCAACUUGGUUAUGUCUCUCCAUGUAUGCUGUUCCUGCUAACAUCUUGCAUCUGGCUACUAGGUGCUGGACUGUCUCAGAGGCCUCUUUCCACAGUCUGCACCUUGGGUCUUGCCUGGUGUGGUAGACUCCAGCUUCUAUUGAUCUGGUGCUGAGUGCUUGUUACAGUGCUGCUAGGAUUAGUGCCUCAGUGCUGUCUUUCAGUCCUGCCUUUUCCAACCACUGGUAGGAUUUUGUCACAUGAGCCACAUCCACUAUCUGCCGGUGGUACACCCCAUGAAGAGGUUUGUUUUGCCAAGGAACCUCCUCUUUUUCUGCAUCCUUGAUCUGUGGAAGUCUCAGGCAUUCCCUUAGCAGUUAAAACAUUUUUUUAAGUAUUAAAAUAAUUUUCAUUCUUGAAAUGCUUAUCCAAAAUAAUUAAAUCAAGGCUAUAGUUGGGGAGGUUGAAGAUUAGAUAACUGGCUAUGUUUAUCAGGUACGAUAAAGGUGUGAAUUUAUAGUUUGUGUUGGUAGAAAGCUGAUGGAAUAUAAAAAAAUAUGGCAAAGGUAGUAAAGAAAAAAAAUACUGACAACUAUUUUCUGCUAGUGUAAUUGACAUUGAAUUGAAAAAGACCUUUAGGUCAAAACGUUGCUGCGGGACACUGCAGUUCAAAUAAAACUGCCUAUCUAAGCCUUGGAGUGCCUGGACUUUUUCCUUACUCUGGUGACAACUAACUACUUUUUGGGCCUUAGUUUGGCCAAAAAGCCCCAAGUUUGGUUGCACCCAGGCUUUUAUUAAUGGAUUGAGUGCAGUUCUAUUUUCUUGGUUGGACAUUGUUUACUUAACACAAAAUUCAGACAAAAAUUAAACUUGGCAGAAAACCAAGAGAACUCGCCUUCACCUAGCGAAGAAGUGACAGAGAAUCUCCAGUGAAUGCCAGUGGACUAUACCAUAUUCUGAUGACAACAGCACUGUACAAGCUGUAAGUGGGGGGAAUCCACAUAGCAGAGCUUGGCACACACGAAUAACAAAUGACUCUUAUAAUGUGGCGAAAAGUUUGGAGAUGGAGGACGAAGUGUGCAGUAAAGACUGAAAUGUGCUACACUGAUAGUAAUAAGGGAGAUGUGAGAGAAGAAAAGUAGUAAAUGCAUGACACAUCCUCCAAGAUGAGAUAGUAUUAGCAUUAAGAAAUUAUUUAAUAAAAACAGCGGAGUCCUGAUAGAUCCGGUGAACACUGUGACAUUCUCAGUCUCUCGCAGGUGAGAAGUAAUACUGCUGCACUUUUCCAUUGUGCAAUGUAGACACCAGUGAAUGAAUGUGUAUCUGGUUUCUGCGCAUGUUAGUAUGUUUUAGAUUUUGUAAUAAAUCUUUUAGCACAAAGUGUCAUUUUUAUUUCUUUCCAUCUCAAUAUGCCUUGUGUGUGAUCUCAGGAUCAAACAUGAAUCAUGUAUCCUGCUGGGUGCAAAUAAUUGGAAACUCAAAUAACAGCCCUAACAGCUUUUACACUGUAUGACAUUUACUUUGAAAAAAGUAAUCCCAGUGGGCUUCAUGUACAUAUUGUUCUUCAUUCAUCCCUAAAAUAGCUCUUAUGGCUCCUUACACUUCUUAUGUGGCUACGUUCUAAACCUAAUUGCUUAGCAGGUGGGGACCAUAAAGAUUAUGUGAAAUACAGCUUAUAAUAAUCUAGGUAAUGCCAGAUAAAACCACGGCAUGUAUACAUUAAAUGUAGGUCUACAUAGAUUUACACCAAGACAAUGGAGAUAUUACUGUGAUAGUGUGUUCCAUUAAAGACACAUUCUUAGCACCAAAACAGUAUCAUCUUAAUGAAGUGGUUUUGGUGUGUAGAGCCUGUCAUUUUUAUUGGCCAAUGUAAAACAGCAAUUUUUCAUUCCUCUAGUGUCUGUUAAAUUAACAACCACCAGAAGCUGUUUCUCAUGAAGACCUUCCAACGCAUGAUGACAAGAAACACCAUUAACACCAGAAUGAUUGAGAAGCAACCGCUUAGCUGAUCUCAGAAACUGCUGUGCUUGCGCCAUCUAUCUUUGUUGCUUCUCUGUGAGAAGCAUUGUGUAACGAGAAUAUACCCCAACACGCAGGAUUCAGCUAAACAGAAGACAACACAGAGGAGAGAUACGUCUACCGGACCUUAGAAUGGCCGGACUCGACGUAUAUGAGAGGAGACAGAGUCAGGAGCGAUCCGAAGUCAAGGGCACAGAGAGACAGCGUAAACUAGGACUAGCCGGGGUCUGGUACACAGUAAACAGCAAGCCGGCAACCAGAACAGAUAAGGAUAAAGAGAAAACGUAGUCAGAAACAAAGCCAAAGUCAAUACGAAGAAAACACAACUGAACACAACAAGCGCUAAAGGGAACUGAAACAGAAACCACGAUAGGGCAGGGAUAAAGGGAGAGGUAAGUUUAAAUAGCUUCUAAACUAAUGUGAUUGGCUCCUGUCAUAUCCACACCCCCAAAAGGUAAGUGUAUGGGGAGUGUGGCAUGACAGGGGCCAAUGGGAGCCUUUUGACAAUUUAGGCUCCCACUGUUUAUUUAAGAGCGCGCCCGAGACUCGCGGCGCGCUCUUAGAUUCAGGCGGGACACGUGACCACUUCUCGCGGUCACUGCCUGCCUUCCUAUUGAAGCCGUCGGAUGAGCCGCGCGCGGCUCGAAGAGAGGACCGCGGCCGGCCCCUGGAUAAGGUAAGUAACGCUACACAUUGGAUUGGACACAACACAAGUCAUCAUUAGUGAUGAUUUCACAAGAGGAUGAGUGACUGCUCAGUGGAGGCUGAUCUGGUGCUCAGAGAAAUGUGAGUUUUACAAGCAUUCUUAACUUUUUUUUUAAACAAAAAGAAAAUAGAGGUGGCUGUCAGGAAUCUAAGAAUUUACAUGCCAACAUUAAAAAUAAACAUUUAUUUUUGAUUUUUUUUUUCUUCAUUAUAACCAUUACCUGACAUUUGGUGUUAGACUAGUAGGGCUGCAGUAAUUAAAUAUAUACAUGUAUAUAUCAAGUGUUUUUUUUGUGGGGCUCUCCUGGUCAUUGCUGCUUAGUCAGCACGGCUUAGGUGAUUUUAUUUAUUUCCUGUCAGUCAGCUGUAACUACAAACAAAUAAAUACUCUUGGCUGGUGCCAGGGCACAAUAUGAGCUUUAAUGCAGGAGAUAAAAUCAGGUUGGCUGGGCCCUAAUAUCCAUCUCUGUUAACAAGAACAACCUCACAAUCUUAGGUCUAAACUAAUAUUGCAGUGAGAUAUUUCAAUUUAGAAAGCUCAGGAGAUAAGGAUGUUUUGAGCAUUACAGUAUCUGUUUUAAUUCACAUCAAAUUCCUAGCAACACAAUUUACUUUUUUUUUAAAACAAACAUAGGGGCAGGGCCUGACUACUGACCAAGGCAGACACCUGCAGCUGGAGCUCCUCGUCAGUCACCUAAUAUUGUAUAAUUAUAAGGCAAACCUACCAUCUGAGCCUCUAAAAGGAACCUCUUGACUCUGACCAGGUCUGGGAAGAUUAGCUCCAAGUGGCCUGCACUGCAAGUCUCGGCAGCCUACGACCGCACUCAAGCUGGAGGAACGGCUGCUGUUUCGACUCCCAACGCGCAGCUUGUUUUGAGGCCCUGUCCUCCCCCUCACCCCACCUUUGGACCGGUGGGGGAUAUCACGGCCCCCACUGAGAGCUCACCUGAUCCUAGCAGUAAGAAACAGAAGAUGGCCGUGUGUAGUUGUACAAUCUGCGGAGAGCACACUAGCAGCCUGCAUUCCAAGAUGGCCACUGUAGCGGCACUUGCGACCUAGGCACUCCACGAAAAGUGGGUCGAGCGGGCCUUUGAACAAUUGUAGGCCAGGAUCUCCUGAAGGGCGAAGAGGUCUGCAGCGACGGACAGUCCUCAGCAUACAAUUUUUGGUCAGGCCCCAGAAUGGGAUUUUGUUCUGGUCCGCAUUGCCACAGCACCGACGGUGCGAAAUGUUGAAAGCUACAAAAGGUGCCUUGAGAGAGAGACAGACACAAAGCCCACAGAGCAACCAGCACUCACCUAGGCCUUGGUUAAACUGGUAGCUGAUCCCCAGGCAAGGUACACAUACUCGGAAGCCAUAUGCUCAGCGUUGAAUUCUGUUAUCUCCAGAUGGUUUCCGUGACUAUGUGUGAGUCGUCACUUGCAACUGGACCUGUGAGAACACUUAAAUGGACUGUGUGACAGUUCAGGGCUGGUGGGGUAACACUCAGAGGUACUGGCCCAGUAAAUAUACGCCUGGUAGGCAGUGCUGUGUAGCGGCAUAAGCUAAAUAUCCAUCCGGCAUUAAAGCCCUAGCACCAUCCUUCUCUUGACCUCUAGGAGUUGUGGGGCAGAUAAUAUAUGUUUUACAUUUUUAUUCAUGGUGGGCUUCAGUGGUUUUAAUGCCUUGAUAUCUUAUUAUCAUUAUAACCUGCUUACUUAUUACUCUGUUAUAUUUACCUUCUACUCUUUCAAUUUAAAAAAAAAAAGUGCUGAAUUCAUUGUACACUUACUACUACUACUAAUUUGACAUGUCAAUUCACUGCUGAAUCCACAAUGUAUCUCAUGCGAUCUUUGUUUGUAAAAUGCACUUAAAAAAUAAAGAAUUACAAAAAAUAUAUCUGCCCCUAAUAGUGUUUGAGAUCUUUUCAAGGACCAGCUUCCCCCCCCCAACCCCACAAUUUUUUUGCAUCAUGUGAUGCCAUACGAUGGCAUUAACACAUAAGAAUCAAAAAUGUUCACACAUUUUCUUUAUAUUUUCAUAUAUAAUGUCAAUAAAACAAGGGAAGCUUGGUAAAAAUUAAUCUCUAUUAACUUCUUCACUACCAAACAUAUUUAUAAACUGCUGCUGACCCUAGUAUAGUCUGGUUUUAUUAGUCUUGAUUCAUUUACAGAUAGCAAUCCCAUUUUAUAUUUAUAUUAAAGAAUUACAUGGAAAAUACACAUUUUUAGUAGUACCUAUCACAGCCAUAAAGUCAAUGUGUUUGGAUUGCGCUUUGAGGUGGCUUCAAGCACACCAGUGUGUCUCAGUACAGUGAGUGAAACCACUGAUGUAAAAUAAAUAUCUUAGAGAUAACAUUUUUUUUUAACCAGAUUUAGAGUAACAGUUUACUUUUACAUGUGUUGGGAACAGAAACCUCUUGAAUCAUUUGGAUUCCAAUACCACCUGUACACUGAUGACACCCAGAUAUACCUCUCCUCCCCGGACCUCUCCCCUGACGUCCUGCAACGUGUCACCUCUUGCCUUUCUCCUAUCUCUGAUUGGAUGUCCUCCCUCUUUCUGAAACUGAAUCUUUCCAAAACAGAACUUCUUGUCUUUCCUCCUCCUAAUAUUAAUCCUCCUCUCUCGCUCUCCCUUCAGAUUGGUGGUACCCACAUCUGCACAUCCUUACAAGCACGUUGUCUUGGUGUUACUUUUGAUUCUGGCCUCACCUUUGAGCCUCACAUCCGGUCUGUUGUCAAAUGAUGCCAAUUCCACCUAAAAACAUCUGCCCGCAUCCGCUUGUUUCUUAGACAAGAUGCUACUAAAAAGCUUGUCCAUGCUCUGGUAAUCUCUCGCAUGGACUAUUGUAACUCUCUCCUAAUUGGUCUUCCCAAUAGACGUAUUGCCCCGCAACUGCCUCUAAUAAAGCGCUACGGAAUCUGUUGGCCCUAUGUAAAUGAUAAUAAUAAUAACAACUCCUAUGAUGCUCAGUGACCAGGAAUGGUGAGAGCUGAGCCCAUCGCUGUUGGAAAUCCAGAAAUUCUAAGGGACCAAGUAAAAAAAAAAAAUUAAAUAAAAAAAAGAACAAAACAGCAACUUCUAUCAUAAAGCGAAUUAAUCUUUGAUCUUAGAGUGAGCAUGCAGUAAAUUGUGCAAUACUGUAGACUGAGAGCUAGACUUAAAAUUGACAGACAACUACUUUAUCCUCCUUAGACCCAGCCUAUUAACUUGUGUCCUCUGUACUGGACAUUUCAUUCACAUGCAUGUCCUUUUAUUCUUUUGAACUACUCUAUCAAUCCUUGCAGUAUUGUAAAGAGGACAUCCUUAGCUUUCCAGUGAUAACUCACGUGAUAGACUGGAAACUUCCUCUUCUGCUUCAUCAAAGAAAGAAAUUGGAAGAAAUUUUUUUUCCUUGGUUCCCAGGCAGUUAUGACAUUAACUACUCCCCAUUUUUAAGAAAAGUCAGAGCUGACGUACAGUCUUGGUGAAACAAAGGAAUUUCUUGGCUAGGUCACCUGAAUCAAAAUGAAUCUCCUUCCAAGAUUCCUUUCUGUCUUUCAGACCUUGCCUGUCCCCAGUGGUGUAUGCUGCCCUAGACACUACUAAAUUCGGGCACCUUUCUAAUUUAAAUUUGCCCCACCAAUUUGUGUGAGGGCCAAUUUUUUGACUGACAGACACAGGCCCUCAUGAUACCUGCACUGACAUACACUCACUGACAGAUACACAGUCAUCAGUAUUUUUACAGAAAGUCCCUUUGUAUUGAUCUGUUUUAUGUUUUUCUGGUUCUAGCAGCUCGUUAUCUGUUUUUUAUUAAAGGUAUUGGGCGACCUUUGGAUUGUUUAAUAACUAAGCCAUUGAUUCUUUAUUUUGGUUUCUUUUAACAUAUAAAUUCUUAUAAUUAUACAAAUCUUAUAUUGUAUAUAUGACAUACAUACAGGAAUCAUUAUCCUGAAUAACAGUAGUGAUUGGCUGAGCGUGUCAGUUGACCACUUUCAGCCUAUCAAAGCUUUCUAUUGCUGGUAUGAAUUGGUAUGAAUAAAGAAGUCUAGAAUCUCUGCCUUAGCCAAUAGUCCAGUGGGGAAUUGGGUCCACAUGGACCCUCAUUCAAUGAUAAACUGCUUGAAAAUUGUUUAAAACUGAAUGGAGGGACAGUGCCAAAAGACUCCAGACAUUAUAUGCAAUUCUAUGAGGAGAAAAGGUUAUAGUGCCUACAGUGAUAAAGCAGACAGAUGGUACUAAAUAAGAUGGUCAUGAUUACUUUAAAUUACCAAAUUUCUUCUGGACUCCCUCCUUGUAUAUAUGAGAAUUGCAAAAUUGGUUGCAAUUUAUUUUUAAUAAACUUUGCAAAUGCAGACUGCAUUCAGACUUCAGUGAAUAACCCCAUCAGAUAUUUAUUCCAGUUCAGCUAUUUUUGCUUAAAAUUGCAUGAUUUUGCUACUACAUGACCAAAAGUCAUGAUUCUAAUAAAGACAUGGAAGCGAGUAUUGCAUAUCCCUUUCUUUACUGUCCACCAAUAGCAGCAAAGAAUACAAAACAGAAUGAAAACAAUGAACAUACAGUAACAUAGGACCCUCCCCGCUCAGGUCCCAGUAUAAUAAGCAGCACUUCCCUUCCAAUUCCCUCUUUCUGAAGAUGCAACACUAUACAUAACGUCCAUAACCAGGAACAUCAAGAAUGUCCAGUGAGAAGACAACGGAGAAACUUUCACACCAAGAAGAGGAUCAUCACUUCAACAACAGGGAAGCACAACGGGAUGAUCGUAGAAAAAAACUGCAUCAGCAUGGGAAGUCCUCACAUGUCGAAGCAUGGCAUUCCACCGGAUCGGUUCAGGCUGUGA